CUUCCGCUGCUGGGCCUACCGCUGCUACUGGGCAGUGGCUCUGGAUCUACCGCGGCCCCGUAUCGCCGUAAAGGUAAUUUUUAUUGCGGGCACCGUCUGCCUGUCUGCAUGAUGCAAUUAUCUUGGACCGUGUUUGAACCUCUUCCGAUCGCAAACUAUUAUGAACGGCAUGUCUCAAGCUGUGCUAUGUCUAACGUGCAAAAAGGCAGAGGUAAAAGACGUUUUUUCACAGGAACGAGUGAUGGAGCUUUGAGUGCAUAUUACUGCCGCGAGGAAACUUUAUCGGGAUAUGAGGCAACGAUGAUCGAACUAAUGAGGACGCCAACUCGGGAUCGCUCCUGUGUAUCACAGUUAGCAACAUUUGAUGCACAAGCAGUACUGUUUGCGAUCGUGGACGGUAUCGUAGUUGCAUACGAUACAAACUCCCUAAGAGCGACCGCCCAUGUGCGGGAUGCUCGGGGUGUGCUUUUUUUCUCAGCGCACGCACCGUCGCGGACGCUGAUACUUUUCCUUAAGAAAAGAAUUAAAGUCUAUGUUUGGCAACGAGGGGGCAUCCUGAAGGAUGUCAAACGAGAGUACACGCUUCCUGAGACGCCCAGUUCGGCAUACCUCGGAGAUGAAUGUAAUGCCAACAAAGCGACAAUUGCUCAAAAGAAGCGUGGUGUCUUUAGUGCUCUUGGAGUCAGCAACCCCAAGGAAAUGCCUGACGGAUCGUCACCAGAUCUGUUCAUACGAAAGCUGUUAGAUGCUCCCGGCGGCACAGGGCCCUCUCUGAUUUUAUCUGGCAAUCAGUCUUCACGGAACGAUGAACGAUUGCUCGUGUCAUCACAGUCAAGAGGCAUUCUCUUCAACCUUCGUGCUAUUUCUGCGUACCUAACUUUGCCUUUUAAGUCCGUGCCGAAUCCAACAGAAGAACGCAUCGCUUGGUCAAGCGCACCGAUCGUCUUGAAGACUGCAUCGGCAUUUGUACUUGCUCUUCUUGAAAGUACCAUAGAGGUACAUUUUGUGGCAACACUGACACAUAUCCAGACAAUCUCACUAGGCAAUGGAUUUACUGCGACUGCAUUAUGCGGGGGGGCUCUUGAUGAGUCUUAUGAUGUUGAGUCAAAGUCGGUCGUAGACGUCUCGACUGCCACAGAUGAUUCAGAAUUCCAGAAAUUCGCUGGGACUGUCGCUGGGAGUUUGGGAGUUCACGAGGGACAGCGCGAUUGCGACAAGCAUAGGAAAAGGAAGUCAAUACCCCCCUCCUGCCUUGGGAAUCUUUAUUGCUUUGGGGACAGGAAGGGGGUUGUGCUACAGAUGUUGCCUGUUGGCCGUCAACUCCAGGCUCUGCUAGAUUCAGCUAGAUAUGAAGACGCUCUUGCUUUGUGUGCAUCUUGCACAGACUGUCGUCACGAAGCACUCAUCAUCGAAGAGCGGUACGCGUACGCCCUAUACAGCCGGGGUGACUUUGAAGGUGCAUCACAGCACUGGCUGAAUGCAGAGGCUGCGCCAGAGGCCGUGGCAGAGCUCUUCCCAUCGAUUUGCCCGCCUGAGCUAUCCCUACUUUUAGCGUCAAAGAAAACAUCGCUUCAGACUUCGGAUCAAUCCGGUACUAGUAUGCCGGAAAAGUACGACGCGUUGUUACUAAAACCCAUCCUUCGUGGCGCAAGCUUGAGUCGCGCGGCUGCUGCGAUCGCAAGUUUCUUCGCAGUCGCACGCAGAAGGCUCAUCUCAUGCGUUACAGAAUAUAGCGAUGGCAAUAGAUCCUCCAAGUGCGAUGCUAGUGAGGUGCAGGAUACGCAGCUUGUGCUCGUGGAUACGAUGCUUAUCGCAGCGUGGCUUCAGUGUUCACCGCCGAGAGUCGAGGAUGUUGUCUUCUUGCUACAAGAUCCAAGCCAGCAGUGCGAACUCGAAUAUGUUGCCCCCCUUUUAGCCGCUGGCGGGGCUUUAUACGCCGAACCUCUGCUUUGGCUCUACAGAAGCAAACAGGCUCACCAGAGGGCUCUAGCACUCCUCGUAGAAGACCGCUGCUGCGCAGAGAAUAAUGAGGGUUCUCAAGCCUGGGAUCGUGAUCGAUUUCGAUGCUGGAAGGCAAGGUAUUUACGCUGGCUCUGGUUUUCGGGUGAGCCUAGAAAUGCAAGUCUUGCAAUAGAGCAUGCCGCCCCCGUCUUUAGUACUGCACCAGCGCUUGGUCUCGCAGUUUUUACUGGCGCUAAAAUUAGUGUCAGAGAUGAUCAAGACGAUAUAAUCAUGCCACUACCUAUCAGAAAUGGCGGUGCAGGUAUGACUGCGCGAGAUGUUGUUGCGUGGAUGAAAGAGUUAGGAUCGAUUAAGCGCAUGCAACAAAGUGACCAGAUACUCGACACAAGCCUCUGGCACGCAACCUUGAGGACGUCCCUUGAGUGCCAAGGAUACGAAGCUCAGCUAGUCCCGUUGGAUUCUGGAGCUUCACUUGCCUGUGUUUAUCUCAGCCAACUAGUUUGUGCUGGCGAAAAGUCUCCCUUGCUGCACAAUGAGCUUGCGUAUCUUCUUCUUGACAGCCUGAAGCAGGUUGGUGCCACUGAUGCCAAGAGAGCGAACAUUUACAGACUGCAGCUCCGUCUAUUCCUUAAGACUUCGAAGCACUACGAAGCUGAGGUGCUUCUAUCCUGGCUCCCCACCUAUUUUCUUCAUGAGAGAGCGCUAGUAUUCGCGCGCCUGCAAAACCACCUCGCCGUAUUAAAUGUAUAUACAGAGGGCUUGAAAGAUGAUGGUCUCGCAGAGGACUAUUGUGCCAAUGUCUGGCAAGAGGCCGAACGGGCUCGAAACAUGACCCUUGUCGCAACAAGUAAAGAUGCUGAAAGCCAUCAAAGUGAAACUAAGUUUCCCAUUACGAGUUCGCUCGAUGUCUAUCUGACCCUCGCGCAAUGCUACUAUUCAGAGUCUUUGGACGUGCCAACUGAGGCAAACCAUCUAGAUGCACCAAGAAAGACAACCUUUAUCAAGGCGCUUGACCUCUUGCAUCGUCAUAUCAAUAAGACUGACCCCGUCGACGCUUUAGAUGCGCUUCCUAACGACGUGUCUCUGCAUCUCUGUGUUGACUUUCUGAAGCUUUUGGUCCGUUCAUCGGAGUCCGAACGCCGCGCUGCUCUUGUCGAGCAUAAUCUGCUAAGAGUCGAGUUUGUGAAUCUUAAAUAUGAACUCACGCAAGAACAAAUCAAACAACAGUCAAAAGUGUCUGCUGUUCCUGAGCUCACACGCCUUGGGCGCGUCAUCUCUUCCCUCGCGCCUGUUGUCUUGAGUGCACAAGCCGAGGGCACUGAAUCCUAUCAUUUUCACAUAACAAACAAUGCAAAAGGCCAACAAAUGCAAAACGUUCGUAUCCAUGUCGAGUCCCUUAGUGAUGCCGAUCUCUAUGUGCACGAUUCUGAUGUGCCCCUUGAGAAUCUCCCCUUUAAGUCGACUGGUUCAUGCUACGUCGUCUUUCGUACUCAUCCCACAAUUGGCAUUGUAACGACGCUAUUCUCAUGCGAACUUCGCUUCUCCGUUGUCGUAGAAUCUGGAGAUUCACAUGUGCCAGGGUUUUAUCUCGAAGAGAUUCCUCUACCAAACCUCGAGUCCCCUUAUUCUACAAUAUGGAACUCCAUUGCACCAAGUUUAAAUACGCAAAACUUUCCAUCCGUUCUUCCAUACAUCAAACGACUCGAUUUUGUCUUUAUUUGUAAGGCAAAACCACUUAAAUCGAGAGGUUCGGUCGCCCAAAACGGACGCGUCGAACAUGUCCAUAGCAGUAUCUGGGAAGAAUGUGAAGUUAAGUCAGCCAUGUUCAUUAUGUUGCUUCCUCCCGACAGACUUAAUCGUCGUUUCGUAAUACGGAUCAACCAAAUUUGAUUAGUGAAUGCACCCGCAUGAGGCUUUGCUCUAUUUCAGCGACCUGGAGCAAAAGAGUGGCCGAAACAAAGCCAGCCCCAGUCCCAUAUUGAAGUUCAUAUUGAACAUACAGCCCUAUGUUGAAGUAGGGUCGUCGUCAGCCUCCGCUGUCAGCCUCCAGGCGCUCAUCCCGGACGCAAUACCCCGGGUGCAAUAUCCCGGAUGCAAUACCCCAGGCCCUGGAGGAAUGCAUGUGGACACGGGAAACCCAACGAAGCUGAGUUUGCGGCUUGCCCCUCUCCCUAGCACUGUCAAUCACCAAUUUUUUUCAGGAGCUGCGCGCGCGGGGAAGAUGGCCGAGUUUGAAGGGGCACCCCAGUUCGGGAAGUACGGGCUCGCGCCGAACUUAAAGGAUCGCCAAU